CAUCGCAUGUGGGCAGACAAAAACGGGCGCCACGUUCUCGGCUUGAUUGAGGAUUAUAACGCUCUGCGGAAACAGAUUGCAGAAGGGCAACAGGUUGUAGCAGAAAUGGAGAUUUCUUUGAGAGAGGUCACUGGUACGAAACUGCAGGAGCCUGGAAUAAAGGUACCAGACCAGGCAUCACUGCAUAGUUUUUCUGCAAAUAUUCACACAGUACAGCAGAUUUUAGAAGAGGCUGCACGUUUACUGAAACUUCUCUGGAGAGUUUCCCUGCCACUGAAAGCCGUACACGGUGCUACUCAUGGCUCUCAGGAUGAAGGAAUGAAAGCAGAAAUAUUUAGAUUGCGUAAGAAACUGUCUGAGCAAGAGAAGAAGUUACACAGCACAGUGAAACGCCUGCACUCCACGAACCAGUUGAAGGAAAACAUGGAGAAAGUCAUCAUUGACCAGUUGGUUUUAACUCAUGAUGUCUUGAAGAAGGCUAGAGGAAACCUGGAAGUCCCACCAGCUGAGAAUCAAAAAUCACCUUCCUAUGCCAGCAAAAAAAGGAUUCUCUGAAGGAGAAAUUUCCACUGACAGAGACUGGUCCUGUGAUUGUUGUUUGCUUCUUUAUGCCUUACUAUUUAUUGAUGUAAAAAUGUUUGUUCAGCUCUUUUAAUGGAAUCAGCCUUUGACCAAAAAAAAA